UAUCACAUGAACGAGCCGGGACCAAUCCACACGCAGCCCUGUCGAGGCUAAGCUCUCGGUUCCUCCACCGAGGUAGAGAGGGGGGAAAAGACAGAAAAGGGAACCAUGACUCCGAGCAUCUGAAGAACAAAUAAAAUUGAACGCAGCGUGGAUCUCGUACCUGGUAAUUGUUUCGUAUUCGAAGCGGGAAGAUUGGAAUAAUAUGCAGUGGAGAGAGGCGGAAGGGAUACGGCAAUGGCUCGAACAUAUUGAAUAGCUCGCGACGCUCAAAGGAAAGACAUUAUACUUCAUCGAACCUUCCUCAUCUUGACGGGCUCAUUUAAUGGCUUCAAUCCUCGCCGUCACCGACCCUUGUCUUUUGCGUACCACUGUUGAGGUUGAGUCAGGGUGGAUCGCGUGAGCCUCUAUAUGCCAAACACCGGAACGAGCAUUAUUCGGCCUCGAAAUCAAAAGACAGCCACCUGAUCUGAUUCAACGCCGUCGGUUUUCGCUGAGGGGAAUCAUGGAUUUUAACGGGAGCGGCGGGGGAAAUGAGCUGCACAACAAUCAGUUUUAUCCGUCCGAAGAGAGUAAGCCUCUGCUGGGGGAAAUAUCCGCGCAGCAGCCGCCGCCGCCGGAGGGGAAUAAUAAUCACAAAGCGGGGCCCUGCAGCAAGAGGAGCCUUCUACACAGCAGCAGCGGCAUGAGAUACAAACUGCUCCAGGAGGGGGACAUCCAGGUGUGCAUGGUAAAACACCCGCGGACCUUCCUCAGUAAGAUUUUCACCUCCAAAUAUUUACGGAGGUGGGAGCCGCACCACCUCGCCUUGACGGACAGCAGCCUGGUGUCUGCCACGCCUACAGGAUACAUGGAGGCCCCUCUGUCUUACAGCACUAUCGAGGACCUACAGCUGUUGUCCUGGGACAACGCCCCCAAAUACUGUGUCCAGCUAAGCUUCCCUGGAGGGACAGUCCUCCUGCAGGCUGCUAACAGCUAUCUGCGGGACCAGUGGUUUCACUCCAUACAGUGGAAGAAAAAGAUCUACAAGUACCGCAAGGUUCUGAAUAACCCGAGCCGCUGGGACGUGGUUCUGAAGGAGAUCAGGGCCCUGGUGGAUAUGGCCCUCACCUCACCUCUGCAGGACGACUCCAUCCAUCAGGCCCCGCUGCACAUCAUCUCCACCCUGCUUGCUGAGAACACUAACCUCAGCGCUCAGGACUAUGAGAACAUCAUUGUGGCCAUCGCACCCUUGCUGGAGAAUAACCACCCUCCCCCUGACCUGUGUGAAUUCUUCUGCCAGCACUGUAGGGAGCGUCCUCGGUCGAUGGUGGUGAUUGAAGUGUUCACUCCUGUGGUUCAGAGAAUCCUCAAACACAACAUGGACUUUGGGAAAUGCCCCAGACUCCGUCUCUUUACUCAAGAGUAUAUUUUGGCUCUGAAUGAGCUUAACGCUGGCAUGGAAGUGGUCAAGAAGUUCAUUCACAGCAUGCACGGUCCCACCGGACAGUGCCCUCAUCCUCGGGUUCUCCCCAAUCUCGUGGCGGUGUGCCUAGCUGCCAUCUACUCUUGCUACGAAGAAUUCAUCAACAGUCGGGACAACUCUCCCAGUCUCAAGGAAAUCCGAAACGGUUGUCAGCAGCAAAGUGAAAGGAAGCCGCCCAUGCCUUUACGCCUGCUGCGGCCCGAGCCGCCCACGCCACCCCCGACUACCACCCUGUCCCCACCCCCGGCCCUGCCCCUCUCACCACCACCUUCCAUCGUCAAUUCCAGCGAGAUCCUGGUAGAGCUGGAGCGCAACAACAACACCACUAACACACUGCGCAAGGCCCCCGCAGAAGGCGACAGCGAGCCCAACCUGAUCGACUGUCUACUUGUCAGCCCCGCGCUCAAUGCCCUGUCCAUUCAGCUGCCUGCUCACGCCAACAGAGUGCUGGGAUGUUUCGCCCUCAUCCUUAAAAUGCUAUCAGACUACGAUGACUGGAGACCAGCACUGGCCAGCCUGCUUCAACCAAUCCCCUUCCCGAAAGAGGCCCUUGCACAUGCCAAAUUCACAAAAGAGCUGAAAUAUGUCAUUCAGAGGUUUGCUGAAGAUCCCAGACAAGAGGUCCAUUCCUGUUUGCUCAGCGUGCGCUCUGGAAAAGACGGGUGGUUCCAGCUCUACAGUCCAGGAGGCGUAGCUUGCGACGAUGACGGAGAGCUGUUUGCUAGCAUGGUCCACAUCCUCAUGGGCUCCUGCUACAAGACGAAGAAAUUUCUCCUGUCGCUGGCUGAAAAUAAACUGGGACCAUGCAUGCUCUUGGCCCUGCGGGGGAACCAGACCAUGGUGGAGAUCCUGUGUUUGAUGCUGGAGUACAACAUCAUAGAGAACAAGGACACUCAGCUACAGAUCAUCUCCACCCUGGAGAGCACCCAGGUCGGCCUGCGCAUGUACGAGCAGCUGUGCGACAGACAGAGGGAGCUUAAAGAACUGCAAAGAAAAGGCGGCCCUACUCGACUCACUCUGCCAUCUAAAUCGACGGAUGCCGACUUGGCUCGUCUGCUGAGCUCCGGUUCCUUCGGCAAUCUGGAGAACCUCAGCUUGGCGUUCACCAACGUCACCAGUGCCUGUGCUGAACAGCUCAUCAAACUGCCAUCCCUCAAACAGCUUAACCUGUGGUCCACCCAGUUUGGAGAUGCUGGGCUCCGUUUGCUUUCGGAGCAUCUGGCCUGUCUGCAGGUUUUGAACUUGUGUGAGACUCCAGUCACGGAUGCUGGCCUGCUCUCCCUCAGCUCAAUGAAAAGCCUGUGCAGCCUGAAUAUGAACAGUACUAAACUCACAGCGGACACAUAUGAAGACCUGAAGGCCAAACUACCCAAUCUAAAGGAAGUGGAUGUUCGCUACACAGAGGCGUGGUGAACACGAUGCUCGAGGAGAUUUAUAGACAGGAAAUUGCCGACACAUCACCUGAACACAACAUAAUCAAGAAGCAAGGACUGUGUUUAUAGGAACAUCAUUCAAACGACAAGGACCUUCUGAUAAUAUCAUAAAUGCUCAAGAAUCAUCUAGUGUCUCAUCCGAGGAUGCUCUUCGCAGCGGCAUCAAAAUGCAAGAAUAUGUCCCGUGACAUCAUCAAACAGCACAGGAACCUUUCUAACGACAUCACCAGGGGACUCUUUCCUCUGUCUCGUUCUCGCCUUUAUCUCGGACCCUUCAGAGGAACCGUGUCCCUCGUCUUAACCCAUAACUGGCGUCUCUUUUUGUCCCCCGGAAGACAUCAGACCACCUGGAUACAUUUCCCCUGUGGUACCAGCGUCUGGUGAAGGCCUGAAUAUUUCCGAGCCACAUUCCAGUACAGUUUUGAUAUCACUUCCUGCGUGGAAAGCCAAUUUCCACUUAUUUUUAGUUUUUUCUUGUUACAUGUGUGCUUGGUCCUCUCGGUUCAGAGUCCAUAAUUUUUGCAUCCUCACAGAGAUUUCUGGUGUAAAAUGUGUCUGUUAACAAUGUUCACGUUCAUCUCUAUAUCUCUAUCGCUCUGAAAAUCUUUUUUUUAUCAACUUGAAUAAGCAUAUUUUUCCAUACACUGCUUUCAUAUACGUGUGUGUUUGUAAAGAAAAUCGACGUAUCCCCAUUUUUAAUGCGGACAUUUCUGGGGCUUCGCUCAAAAAAAAAAUUCCUUUCCCUUCCUCUGCUCUCUUCUUUUUUUUUUAGCCACAUUGUACAGUGUAAUUUUAAUUUCACACCCGUAUUUAAGAGAACAUCGUCCAGGAAGUAGUCUGGGACUACUUUGUAUUUAUGAGCCCCUCUUUCUCGUCCUAUUUUCUUUUAUUAAGUUCUUUUGUCAAGCAUACUGAACCAAGAUGGUGCCUAAAACAUUUUCUGUAAAGAUUGCAUCACCUAGCAACGUCAGCUUAGUUGUACAUAGAUACAUUAU